CUCGUCUUCUGUACCUCACAGUUGUGAGGAGCCGCACAGUCGUCAGGUGCGGACGGCUGCGUCAUCGCGGUGACGUCACGGACAGCCCGUCCCCAGUCAGUGCAGUGCAAUGGCUGACGCCGCAUCCCCAUCUACCGCCGGGCCUCCGCAGUCGGACUCGGACACCAUGGCCGACAACGCCAAGGGCUAUCUACUGGCCAUCGUCGGCGAGGUCGACUCGCCCGAAGCGCUGAGGGCGGCGGCAGAGGCCGUCGGAAGAGGAAUUAAGGCAUGGCCCAACCCUGCCAUGAAGGAAGAUGUCAGCACAGCCCUGAAGGACAUGAUGUCCCAGAAGCCGUCAGUCUCAGAUGACAUUCAAGGCCAGCAAACCCUACAACACAGCAGUGACAACAUGGAGGCGGUCCUGCUGCUCAACCCCAUCUUGGACACAGUCAAGUCCGAGGUGAAGAACAUGCUGACCCACCAGGACAGGCACAAGCACCUGGUCUUUGGAGGCAAAGCAGCGGAGAACAGUGGAGACUGGGUCCUGCAAGAUGGGGCCUUCUCCUUCCUGGACCUGAUCGACCUGUGCAAGGAUCCCGAUGUCUCCACUGCGCUCACAUCCAUGGGCAGUCGACCCUGCCUAACUGUAAGCUGUGCAUCCGAGGGAGAUUUCAAAGGAAUGUCGUGUGCAACAAAGUCGUUAGAGCAACAGAUAGAGAUUCAACUGAACCCCAAACAGGAUGAUUGCGACAUCGAGAGCACAGAAGACUUUGGUUGUUACCUGAUUGACACAACUAAUCUGGAGACACCUUUCAAUCUGCUGGAGCCUGCAAAGGCAAGUGGAUUCCUCAAGAUCAGUAAGCCAUCGCUGUAUGUAUUCCCUGCUGGGAAGGGAGACGCUGCUUUCUUUGCUGUAAAUGGCUUCAACAUCCUGGUGAACGGUGGCUCAUCCCGGAAGGCUUGCUUCUGGAAGCUUGUUCGGCACUUGGACAGAAUAGAUGCUGUCAUGAUGACACACGCUGGAACUGACAGUCUGCCUGGCAUGAACAGCUUCUUGCAGAGGAAAGUGGCUGAAAGAGACCUUGGGGAACCCAGCCCUGGCACAGAUGAAUACAAUGACUGGUUCAGUAAAGUAAAGUCUCCCGAGCUGGGAGUCUUUUACUUCAAUGCCCCUGACAAGACAAAAGCUAACAAUGGCGACUCCAUGGUUCUAACCAGCAGGGACCUUGGCUGUGACACCCUGGAGAACCUAAAGCUACUGGACAUAAAACCCUACCAUUGCAUGAGAACGGACUCUAAAUCAGAGCCACUGACACUCUUCAACAAAGUGGGUGUUGGCAAAUUAGACAUGUACAUACUCAAUCCAUUAAAAGACAGUAAAGAGGUCAAGGAGAUGCUACACCAGUGGAGCAACAAUGCAAAGAAAUUUAGCUCUGCAAAAAUUGGUGUAAAAGUUUCUGGUAAAGAUGUUGACAUUCCUAUUCCUGACCUGACAUCUAUAGCUGCUCUACUAGUGUGGCAUCCUGCAAACCCUACAGAGAAGAUUGUUAGGGUUCUCUUCCCUGGCAAUACUCCACAGAAUAAAAUAUUUGAAGGACUUGACAGAUUAAAACAUUUGGAUUUCCUCAAACAUCCACAUGCCUCCCAAAAGAUCCUAACUGAUCAAACCAAACCUAAGAAGAGGAAAGUAUCAGAGAAAAAAGUUCAAGAGAAAAGGGAAAAGACAGAAAAAAAGUCUGAGAAAAAGGUAACCGAGAAAGUUGAAGAAAAGCCAACACUGAAAGCAAAGCCCAAGCCUGCUGCUCCUAAGAAGAAAUCAAAACCCAAAGAGAAAAAGAAGACCACAAAGAAAGAUGUUGGCGCUGCUAUAGUAGCAACUGGUGCCAUUGCUGCAGCCACAGGAGCUACAGUUGUUGCUAUGGCAGCUGAUGAAGCUGCAGCUGCUCCACCAGAGCCAACCCCACCUAAACAAGAGCCAGCUUUUACUCCUCCAGAGGACCUUACUGCAGAGUUUGAAAAACAGCGAACAGAAGAGGCAGCUGAGGUGGAAGUUGCAGAAGAGGCAAAAGAAGAGAUGGAAGCUCAGAUCCCUGCAGAGGAGGAAGAGCCACCUACUACAGAAGAAGAAAAGGAAAAAGGUGCAGAAGAACUGGAAGGUAAGCCAUCUCCCGAUGAAGAGCCUGUACAACAAAUUGAAAAAGAAGACAACAUCCCAUCUGAAAUUAUCGAAGAAGCUGUUGAGAAGGAGGAAGAGCAGAUUGUCCAAGAUGAGGAGGAAGUGCAGGAAAAAGAAGAAGAGCAAGAAGAUCAUCGAGAAUUUGAGGAGGCCGAAACUGCUACUAACACAACCACAACAGAAGGUCCUGAUGAACCUGAUGAAGAUGAGGACGAGGAGGAAGAGGUGGAAGAGGAGGAGGAUGAGGGUGUAACUCCAACUGCUCUUGUGCUUCCCACCAGCAUUGAGGCUAAGGCAGAGGCUGAAGAGGAAUCAGAUCAAGAGAUGGAGGAACAGUCUUCUCCAGGAGAUGAAAGAGAUGGGGAGGGUGAUGAGGCAGACAUUGAGACCUCUCCUGAAAUCAGUGAUGUGAUGCAAAAGGGGGAGCCUGAUGAAGAGAAGGGAACUCCUGAAGAUUCAGGCCUGCCUGAGGAAGGACGUCGGCCAGAAUCAACUGAGUUGACAUCAGGGGAAGAGGCUGAAGGAAAAGAAGUCUCUGAGGAUGAAGCCCUUGGUGCUCAAGCAGAUGAUGAACAGAAUGGAGAAGUAGGAUCCCCAGAUGAGGAAGCAAACUAUGAAAUUGUUGAUGCUGCAGAGCCACUGGCCUCAUCACCAGCAGAGGAAGAGGUUAAGUCACCUGAAGAUAAGAAGUCCUCUUCUCCUCUCUCAUCCCCGGAAAUCAUAACUAUGGAAACAGCAGAUGCUGCAUUUGCGCCAAUUGCACUUGACGUUGCAGAUGAAUUGGAAGGAAUUCCCUUCAGCAUCCCAUCUGGAGAUCAUACAGAACAAGACCAAGAAAAAGAGGACAAAGAAGAAGAGGAAGAAGAGGAUGAGACAACUCCAGUUUCUGAGGACAGAACUCCAGUGGCAGAGGACAAAACACCUGUAACACCUGAGGAGAAGACACCUGUCACGGAGGAGGCAGUUUCACCGGCAAUUGAAAAAGCUGAAUCACCUGAGGAAGAACAUAAAGAGGAACUUGAAUCCCCUAAAUUAAAGCCUGAUGACAUUGACAUCUCCCCAAUUGAACAGGUGCAGGACUUUGAACCUAUCAAGUCAGCACCGCCCACAACAAAGACCUAUGAACCUGAUACAUCAGAUGCUGAUGCACAGUACCUUGCCAAAUGGGAAACACUGAAUGAUGUUAGCCCAUCUGCUGCUCCAGAAUAUGCCGCGCCAGUUGCUAUUGAAAUUGAAGAUGGAGAAGAUAGUGAGGGUGAGGAAAAAGAAACUCCAACCACUGACAAAAUAAAAUUGCUGGAAGAUCUUGAGGAAGAAGAUGAAUCAGAGCUGGCAGAGAUAGCAAAGUCUCCAGUACCUACUGAGGUAACAGAAGAACCAACAAAGAGAGAAGAUAUUACUGAGGUUACCAUGACAGUGGAAGUUUCAGUACAGGAAAAACACGAAACAGAAGAGGUUGUUGAGAAGGUGGAGGAGGGAGCAGCAGAAGAAGAUGAAGCAGAGGUCAAGUUAAAAACAGCAGCGGAAGUAAUAACAGCUCUUGUUGAUACAGAAAAGCAACUAGAACCUUCAUCGGAAGAACCUGAACCUGAAACAGCAGUUGGCUUCCAAACAGCAGCAGAAGUUACAUUUGCUUUAAUCGAUGCAGAGAAAGAACAGAGCCCUGCCGCAGAUGUGGAAUUCAAGACCGCAGCUGAAGUCUCAGCCGUCCUUGUUGAAUCUCAGAAUGUGCAAGAGCAGGAGGCAGAGAUGGAUCUUAAGACUGCUGGUGAAGUGGUUACGUCUCUUGUUGGAGCUAAAAUGGAUGAGGAACCUGAGGUUGAUGUUGAAUUGAAGACAGCUGCUGAAGUGAUGACGACUUUUACAGAGAUGCGACAACAAGAGGAGGAAAUGGAAACAAAGGUAGAUAUCAAACCUGUUGCUGAUGUUGCGAUAGCCCUUAUAGAUGUAGAAAAACAACAGGAACAAGAUGCAUCCACAGAACCAUCUGAAACUAUGUUAGACCUAAAGCCUGCCGCUGAGGUGGUUACAAGUCUCAUUGAGGCAGAAAAGCAGUUCAAGCCGGAGCCAGAGGUUGACUUGAAAACUGCAGCUGAGGUAGCGACAGCUGUGAUAGACACACAGAGGGAUGUUGAGUUAGAAACCAAAGUGGAACUGCAAACUGCUGCUGAAGUUAUCACAUCACUGGUUGAUAUUCAGCCGACAGACGAGGGAGCUGAAGAAGAAGAAGCUGAGGAGGAGGAGCAAGAGGCUGGUGAUCAGGUCAAACUUGAGACUGCUGCCAAUGUUAUAACUGCCCUGGAAGACAUAAAGAAGGAAUAUCCUAAAGAAUUUGACGUGGACUUUAAGACUGCUGCUGAAGUUGUUACAGCCCUGGAAGAUGCAAAAACUGAGGAGCCAACAGAAACUGAGGUAGAAUUCAAGACUGCUGCAGACGUUGUUACAGCUCUUGAAGGUGUAAAAACUGAAGGCCCAAUAGAAACUGAGGUAGAGCUGAAGACAGCUGCAGAGGUUAUUACAGCUCUUGAGGCUGCAAAAACCGAAGAGCCAGCAGAAACUGAGGCAGAAGAGCCAUCAGAAACAGAGAUAGAGUUGAAGACAGCUGCAGAAGUUGUUACAGCUCUUGAAAGUGUAAAAACUGAGGAGCCAGCUGAAGCAGAACAGCCAGCAGAAACUGGAAUGGAACUGAAGACAGCUGCAGAGGUUGUUACAGCUCUUGAAAGUGUAAAAACUGAAGAGCCAGAAGAAACAGAGGUUGAGUUGAAGACUGCCGCAGAGGUUGUUACAGCUCUUCAAAGUGUAAGAACAGAACCUGAAGCAGAACAGCCAGAAGAAACUGAGGUGCAACUCAAGACGGCUGCAGAGGUUGUCACAGCCCUUGAAAAUAUAAAAACUGAAGAGCCAGCAGAAACUGAGGUAGAAUUCAAGGCUGCCACAGAAGUUGUCACAGCUCUUGAAAGUGUGAAAACUGAAGAGCCAACAGAACCUGAAGUAGAACAGCCAGAAGAAAUCGAGGUGGACCUGAAAACAGCUGCAGAGGUUGCCACAGCUCUUGAAGCUGUGAAAACUGAAGAGCCAGCAGAAACUGAAGCAGAAGAGCCAACUGGGGUAGAACUCAGGACAGCUGCAGAGGUUGUUACAGCUCUUGAAAGAGCAAAAACUGAAGAAGCAACAGAAAUUGAAGAACAGCCAGAAGAAACCGAGGUGGAACUGAAAACAGCUGCAGAGGUUGUCACAGCUCUUGAAGCUGUGAAAACUGAAGAGCCAGCAGAAACUGAAGCAGAAGAGCCAACUGGGGUAGAACUCAGGACAGCUGCAGAGGUUGUUACAGCUCUUGAAAGUGCAAAAACUGAAAAAGCAACAGAAAUUGAAGAAGAACAGCCAGAAGAAACCGAGGUGGAACUGAAAACAGCUGCAGAGGUUGUCACAGCCCUUGAAAGUGUAAAAACUGAGGAGCCAACAGAAACAGAGGUGGAAUUUGAGACUGCUGCUGCAGUUAUAACUGCACUUGUAGAGGUUGAGCAACUGGCAGAAAUUGAGGUUGAGGCUUCCCAUGUGGACCAACAAGAGGAGGUGUCAUUGGUCACCACAGAAGAGGUGGAGGCAGUGUCUCGAGAACAGCCAAUGCCAAUGGAAAUAGAAAAUGAAGAAUCUCCAGAACCUAUGGAUACUGAGGAGGAAAGUCCUGAGCCCAUGGAAACUGAAGCAGGAGAGACAGAAGAAGAUACACAGGCAGCUGAAGAAUUUACCCCACCAGUAGAGAUUGCAGAAGUAGAAGUAGUCGCUGCAGAUGACAUGCAAGCUCCAGUCUCCAUGGAAGCACCUGAACCUCCACAGAGUGUGAGUGCAUUAGAAAAGCAGCUUCCUGGUGUCAAGGGAGAAAAACCGCCACAAAAAUCACCAACUAGCGAGCAAACCACAACAACAACAACAACAAAGAUAGAUGCCGGAGUUGCUGCAUCAGCUAUCGUGGGGGACGCAGUCUGGGCUGCCACCCAGGAGAUAAUGCUUGAACAAGCAGAAGAGGCAAAGUCAGCACCACCUUCAGACUAUCUAGAACAGUAUGAACUAAGCAAGUCCCCAGCUACACCAGAGACAGAAGAGUUUGAUGAUCAAAAGCAGGAUGCAUCUACUGACGAGGAAGAACUCGAGGAGCCAAACGCUGCCAUGGUUGCCUUUGAGUCAGCAAGUGUUGAAGCAGCUAAACAAGAAACAAUAGAAUUGGAAGCAGCUACAGCUGACGUUAAGGCAGAAGCGGAACCAACUGAAAAGACUGAAGUUGAAGCUGAAAAGGAAUCGAUUGAAGAGGCUGAAAUGGAAGCUAAAGAGGAACCAACUGAACAGUCAGAAGUUGAAGCUAAAUUGGGACCAACUGAAGAGCUCGAAGUUGAAACUAAAGAAGCACCAACUGAAGAAGCUAACGUUGAAGCUAUAGAGAAACCAACUGAAAAGCCAAAAGUUGAAGUAACUGAACAGCUGGAAGUUGACGUUAAAGUAGAGCCAACUAAAGAGCCAGACGUUGAAACCGAGGAACCACCUGAACAGCUGGAAGAAGCCAAAGUAGAGACAACUAAAGAGCCAGAAGUUGAAGCUAAAGAGGAACCAAUUGAAGAGCCUGAAGAUGAAGCCAGAGACAAAACAACUGAAGAGCCAGAAGUUGAAACUAAAGAGGCACCAACUGAAAAGCCUGAGGUUGAAGCUAAAGAGGAACCAAGUGAAGAAGCUGAAGAGGAAUCAACCGACAAGUCUGAAGUUAAAGAGGAACAAACUGAAGAUCAAGAGGUUGGAGCUAAAAAGGAAAUAAGCAAAGAGCAAGAGGUUCAAGCUAAAGAGGAACCAACGGAAGGGCCAGAGGUUGCAGUUAAAGAAGAUCCAACCAAACAGUCUGAGGCUGAAACUAAAGAGGAACCAACUGAAGAGCCAGAAGUUGAAGCUAAAGAGGAACCAACUGAGCAGCCAGAAGUUGAAGCUAAAGAGGAACCAACUGAGGAGCCAGAAGUUGAAGCUAAAGAGGAACAAACUGAGGAGCCAGAAGUUGAAGCUAAAGAGGAACCAACUGAAGAGCCAGAAGUUGAAGCUAAAGAGGAACCAACUGAGGAGCCAGAAGUUGAAGCCAGAGAGGAACCAACUGAGGAGCCAGAAGUUGAAGCUAAAGAGGAACCAACUGAGGAGCCAGAAGUUGAAGCUAAAGAGGAACAAACUGAGGAGCCAGAAGUUGAAGCUAAAGAGGAACCAACUGAGGAGCCAGAAGUUGAAGCUAAAGAGGAACAACAAACUGAGGAGCCAGAAGUUGAAGCUAAAGAGGAACCAACUGAGGAGCCAGAAGUUGAAGCUAAAGAGGAACCAACUGAAGAGCCAGAGGUUGCAGUUAAAGAAGAUCCAACCAAACAGUCUGAGGAUGAAACUAUAGAGCAACCAACCAAAGAGUCUGAAGUUGACGCUAAAGAGAAACCAACUGAAAAGCCAGAAGUUGAAGUUGAAGAGGAAGUAACUGAACAGCUGGAAGUUGAUGUUAAAGUAGAGCCAACUAAAGAGCCAGACGUUGAAACUGAAGAACCACCUGAACAGCUGGAAGAAGCCAAUGUAGAGCCAACUAAAGAGCCAGAAGUUGAAACUGAAGAACCACCUGAACAGCGGGAAGAAGCCAAAGUAGAGCCAACUAAAGAGCCAGACGUUGAAACUGAGGAACCACCUGAACAGCUGGAAGAAGCCAAAGUAGAGCCAACUAAAGAGCCAGACGUUGAAACUGAGGAACCACCUGAACAGCUGGAAGAAGCCAAAGUAGAGCCAACUAAAGAGCCAGAAGUUGAAACUAAAGAGGAACCAACAGAAGGGCCAGAAGUUGAAGCCAGAGAAGAAACAACUGAGGAGCCAGAAGUUGAAGCUAAAGAGGAACCAACAGAAGGACCUGAAGUUGAAGCCAGAGAGGAACCAACUGAGGAGCCAGAAGUUGAAGCUAAAGAGGAACCAACUGAGGAGCCAGAAGUUGAAGCUAAAGAGGAAUCAACUGAGGAGCCAGAAGUUGAAGCUACAGAGGAAUCAACUGAGAAGCCAGAAGUUGAAGCUAAAGAGGAAUCAACUGAGGAGCCAGAAGUUGAAGCUAAAGAGGAACCAACUGAAGAGCCUGAUGCUGAAGCUGGAGAGGAAACAGCUAAAGAUCAGCUUACUGAAAAGAAUGAUGAAUCUAAGCAGGAACGAAUUGAAGAGCCAGAAGUUGGAGCGAAGAUAAAAUCACCUCUGGAGUCAAAAGUUGAACAUAGAGUAAAACCAGCUGAAGAGCCAGCAAUCUCACCUGAAUCAGAACAAGCUGUAGAAUCAGAAGACAUUGAACCAAGGGAGAAACAAGUUGCAGAGCUAGAAGUUGAAGUAAAAAAGGGACAGAAAGACGACUCAACAACCAAACCCAAAGAUGACUCACCUGCAAAGCUUGUGCACGAGCCAAAAGUUGAGCCAACAAAUAAACUACCCAAAGUGCCAAGAGUUGAAACAAAGGAUGAGCCAGCUGAAGAGCCAAAUGUCAAAGACAAUUUAGAACCAGCUGCAGAGCCAGAUGUUACACCCACGAAAGAAUCAUCUGAGGAGCCAGAUGUUAUACCUAAAGAAGAGGCAGCUGAGGAGCCAGAUUUUACACCCGAGGAUGAAGCAUCUGAAGAGCCCAAAGUCGAGGAGAAGGAAGAACCAGGUAGAGGUGUUACACCCAUGAACAAACCAGCUGGAAGGCCAGAUGUUACACCAAAGGAAGAAGCAGCUGAAGAACCAGGUGUUAAACCCAAGGAAGAACCAGUUGAGGAGCCACAUGUUACACCUGAGGACGAACCAGCUACAGAGCCAGAUGUUACACCUAAGGACGAACCAGCUACAGAGCCAGAUGUUACACAUAAGGAAGAACCAGCUGCAGAGCCAGAUGUUACACAUAAGGAAGAACCAACUGAAGAGCCAGAUGUUACAAUCACAAAAGAAUCAACUGAAGAGCCAGAAGUUACACAUAAGGAAGAACCAGCUGAAGAGCCAGAUGUUACACCUAAGGAAGAACCAACUGCAAAGCCAGAUCAUACACAUAAGGAAGAGCCAUCUGAAGAGCCAGAUGUUGCACCUAAGGAAGAACCAGCUGCAGAGCCAGAUGUUACACCUAAGGAAGAGGCAGCUGAGGAGCCAGAUGUUACACCCACAAAAGAAUCAGCUGAAGAGCCAGAUGUUACAGCUAAGGAAGAGGCAGCUGAAGAGCCAGAUGUUACACCCACAGAAGAACCAGCUGAAGAGCCAGAUGUUACACCCACAAAAGAAUCAGCUGAAGAGCCAGAUGUUACAGCUAAGGAAGAGGCAGCUGAAGAGCCGGAUGUUACACCUACAGAAGGACCAGCUGAAGAGCCAGAUGUUACACACAAGGAAGAACCAGCUGAAGAGCCUGAUGUUACACCUAAGGAAGAACCAGCUACAGAGGCAGAUGUUACACCCGAGAAUGAAGCAGCUGAAGAGACAGAUGCUAAACCUAAGGAAGAACCAGCCACAGAGCCAGAUGUUACAACUAAGGAAGAAGCAGCUGAAGAGCCAGAUGUUACACCUAAGGAAGACCCAGCUGAAGAGCCAGAUGCUAAACCUAAGGAAGAGGCAGCUGAAGAGCCAGAUGUUACACCUGAGAAUGAAGCAGCUGAAGAGCCAGAUGUUACACCUAAGGAAGAACCAGCUGCAGAGUCAGAUGUUACACCUAAAGAAGAACCAGCUGAGGAACCAGACGUUACACCUAAGGAAGAACCAGCUGAAGAGCCAGAUGUUACACCUAAGGACAAACCAGCUACAGAGACAGAUGUUACACCCACAAAAGAAUCAGCUGAAGAGCCAGAUGUUACACCUAAAGAAGAACCAGCUGAGGAACCUGACGUUAAACCUAAGGAAGAACCAGCUGAAGAGUCAGAUGUUACACCUAAGGAAGAUUCAGCUGAGGAACCAGAUGUUACACCUAAGGAAGAACCAGCUGCAGAGACAGAUGUUACACCCACAAAAGAAUCAGCUGAAGAGCCAGAUGUUACACCCACAAAAGAAUCAGCUGAAGAGACAGCUAUUACACCCACAAAAGAAUCAGCUGAAGAGCCUGAAUUUACACCUGAGGAAGAACCAGCUGCAGAGCCAGAUGUUACACCUAAGGAAGAACCAGAUGCAGAGCCAGAUGUUACACAUAAGGAAGAGGCAGCUGAAGAGCCAGAUGUUACACCUAAGGAAGAACCAGCUGAAGAGCCAGAUGUUAAAUUCAAGGAACCAGCAGGGCCAGAAAUGGAGGUGAAGGAAGAACCAACUGAAAAGCCACAUGUUACAUUAAAAGAUGAAACAAUUGAAGAGAAACCAACCGAAGGGCAAAAGGAUACAUCUGAAAAGCAACCAAGUGAAGAGUUGGAAACUGAAUCCAGAGAGGGUCCUUCUAAGUCAGAGAAAGUCAAACAAGAUGUUGAAGCAAAAGAACCAGAGGAAGCACCUACUGAAGAGCCAAAAGCUGAAGUAAGUCAGAAAACUAACGCACUGGAAGUGGCAGUAAUAUACAGAUCUAAACCAAAUGAAGACGAACCUUCUGAAGAAUCAAAAUCAGAAGUGAAGGAAGAAACUGAACAACCAGAGGUUGAAACAUAUGAAGAACAGGCUGAGGAACCACAGGGUGAGUCAAAAGAGUGUCCAGUUCAAGAAUCAGAAAGUGCAUCAAGGGAUGAACUGACUGAUCAGUCAGAAGGUAAAACAAAGAAAGAAUUGGUCAAACAGUCAGGGGAAAUUAAGGAUGAACAAGAUAAAGAAACAGAAGUUGAAACAAGGGAAGAAGCAACUGAACAGCCAGAGGUUGAAGCAAAGGAAGAUCCAACUCAACAGAUAGAAAUUGAAGUAAAGGAUGAUCCAAAGGAGGAACAACUCUCACAGCCAAAAGAUGAAACAAAGGAAGAAGUUGUAGCAAAACAGCAACCAACUAUAGAAUCAGAAUUUGAAGCAAAAGCUGAAAAACUGGAGGUCCAAUCAAAGGAAGAACAAACUGGAAUGCAACAAAUAGAGAUGUCCUUACAAGCUGUGGGGUUAAAACACCAUUCUCUUCAACAUGAUGAAUCUCUAAGUGACCCUUGUGAACCAGAUUCUACAGAAGACAGAUCACCAGAUGUGCCUGUUACAGCCAAAGAAGAAAAAGUGGAACCUAAAGAGCAGGAAAGCCCUAUGGACGGCCUUGAUUCUGAUAGCCUAGAAAAAGAAACUCCAACUGAAGAUGCUCAGAUUUCAAAGGAAUAUGUUAUAAAUGGUGCUAUAGCAGGAGAAUCAGCCACUGAAAAGAUUAACAUUCCAGUAGAAGAUGCCAAAAGCUGCUCUGAAAUGGAGACAGAAAUGCCUCCAGUAAGGCGGAAAGAUACAAUAUUGGACUCCGAUGAAGGCAAGGAAUAUUCAAAACCUGCACAAGACACUGAGAUGACAAGUCCUUUGUUAGAGCCCUACACAACUCCUCCAGAAGAUACCCCAUCCAGAGAAACUUCAUUUGAAACAUCUGAGGACGACAUUGACAGUGUAGAACAAACUGCUAUGGAAGAGGCAACAUCAACAGAACGACCAACUAAAAUGAAGCGGAACAAUUUUUUAGGGGUGGUCGCAGAGGGUGCACUCUUAGCUAGUCAACUUGGGGACAAUGACCAAGAGGAAGAAGUGGAGAGUGAGCCUUCUGCAGGUGUUCUCUUAGAUGACAAAGGAAGCCCAUCCAUGCCUGAACCACAGACCGAUGAUGUAGAUGAACACCUAGGGGCCACAGGUGGGGAAACCACCCAUGAACACCCCCAGACUCCCUCUCCUACAGACGAACAGUAUGACAUCAUCUCCCCUACCAAGGAAGGCAUCCCCCCUCCACAUGAAGUGGACCAAUAUUCACCUGGGUUUUCCGGCAGGGCUGUGAAUGGAGAUGUCUCAGAUGAGGAUGAAAAAGAUGAUGAUACUGAAAAAGAGAAGCUUUGUGACGAGCCAGCAGCCUCUGCAGCCCCUGUGGCAGAUGGACCGACAGAGGUGCACACCCCCUCCCCCACGGAGGAGCAGUCAUCACCACCUCGCACACCAAGAACACCUGAUGAGAGGGAGCGUUUCCCAAGAUACAUAAACCCAAGCCCCAGUCUGUUGGCCUAUGACUCUAAUGGCAACAGCAGUCCUGAUCAGCACCAGACACCAUCCCCUCCAGAGGUUGGGCAAGGCCUUUGUUCACAGGAAUUGCUGGAACCGGCUCCUGUGCUUACGAGCAGCACGUCCUGCCCAGACGAGUUUGACAUGGAGGAGGAGCACCAAGAGGCUCCGCUGGACUUUGAGAGGAUUCAGACUGCCCCGGGCGGCCUCAUCCAGGGGGACGUUCACGUCUACGGAGGUCCUCAGGACGCUGCAAUCGACUUUGACCAUUCCCCUGAGGAUCCGCUUGAUCCGCCCCCAAUCAUUCCUCGUCGAGAUCUGGAUCCGGACCCUCCAGCCCCUGAUCCUGACCCCAUGAUGAUGGCACCAGAUGAUCCACAAACCCAGGCUGAGAACAUGAAUGCUCCACUUAUGAAUGGAAUCAAUGGCAUUGAUGGUAUUCCUGAUCCCAAGGUAGAUCCCAACGCCAAUCCAGACCCUGACGCUGAAGGCAACGUGGCUCCACCUCCUCCUCCCACUGAUUUACCAACAACGGAAAAACCAAAGAAGACUAAGACAAGCACCACAAAGACCAAGAAACCUGGCUCUAAGACGAAGACAUCAUCAGCAAGGCAGAACCUUGAAAGAAGGAUGCAGGAUUCCCUCAAGACAGAGAAGGUGGGGACAAGGAGACCAGCCUCUGGCAAGACCUUGACAACGUCUUCAAAGAGAGGACCACCCUCUCCUGUCAAAGACAAGGAAAUAACCAAGAAGACUGCAAAGACAGAAGACAACAUCAAGUUAGAAAAGAAGGCACUUCACAAGAGCAGGGCUCCCACAAAGAAAUCUAAAUCUGACCUGUCAAAACCCAAGGAUAGUGCAAGAAAGGAUGAUAAGCCAGGCGGGCUAGCCAGCCUAAAGAAGAGGUCGGAUUCCAGUGAGCGCAGGAGGCAUCGGUCAGGGUCACAGGAGCGUGCACAGAAAAGGGCUGCAGAGGCUGCUAGAAGGGCAGCUCAGAGACGGCUUGGGGUGGUGAAGAAGGAGCAGCUGGAGAAGGAAAAGGAGAAAGAGAAGACGUUCCCACUGAAAGCCAAGGAGAGGAGGCUGUCAGAGAAGUCCUCGUCCUCUGACAGGGUUGAUGCGAAACCAAAUGAUCAGAAACCAGAGGAAGGUGUUGAGAAGACAUCGAGCAAGGAAGCAAUUGAGAAGGCACCUGAGGAGGCAAAACCAACAGGAUCCAACCCUGAAGUGAAAGCUGAGAAGAAAGCAAAGAAGUCUGAGAAGAAGCCCAGUGAGGCAAAGAAGGAAAAGAGCACAGCAAAGAAAGCCAGUGAAGAGUUGAAGAAGGACAAGAAAGGUGAAAAGUCUGAGAGAAAAGCGCAUGAGAAACGGCCAGCAGAAGUUGUAUCUAAGAAGUCACCUACACCACCUAAACCCAAGGCACAGCAUAAAGGAGAGGAAGCAAAGAAACCUGCAAGGGUGUCAACAGUGAAGACAGAGAAGGUACUUGCUGUGAAGGCUGCCACACAUUCUGCUCCCCCCACCCCAAAACCAACCCCACCACCCCCUCCAACAGGUCCCCCCGUGUACCUGGACCUGGCGUAUGUACCAGCACAUGCCAACAACAGUUAUUCAGAUGCAGAAUUCUUCAGGCGCAUCAGAUGCAGGUACUACGUGAUCAGUGGAAACAGCAAGUCCACCGACGAGCCCAGCAUAAGUGUGCUCAAUGCCUUACUGGAAGGCAAGCAGAUGUGGAGCAACGGAGACUUCGACGUCACGCUCAUUCCGACCUACGACACUGACGCCAUGCGAGAGUGGUACCAGAAGAACUACUCGACUCUGGAGCAGGCGCAAAUCAACGUCAUCGCCAGCGGGAGCAAAGUCGUCAUGCAGGACGAGAGCUUCGAGGCCUGCAAGAUCGAGUUCUAAAUUCUCCCCACUGCUACAGAUGUCCUGUUCUUGGAAGGGAAUGUUUAUCUGUUAAAGGGGAUAUAUUCAGAAUUGAGGUGUGUUUUUACACCUUGUGAAAGAUGUAGAAAAUUGGAAGAAAUGCCAUCAUUGUAAAGGUUAGAUUUAAAUUCUUUUCAAAAUGGGUCUUUUAUUUAAAGAAAGUUUUGAUGGACCCUUGUUGCUUAAUUCAUCUAAUGUGCAAUCCAGCUGUCUGAGCUUUUCUGCACUUCAAUAUAGCAAUGUGAUGAGUCAUUUGCACCUGUAAAGUACAGUACACCUGUCGGCUAACUCCGUGUCAGCAUCCUUGCUGUUGUCUAAAUAACAACCCAGAAAAUAGCCUUAAAUAUCACCACUUAAGAUGCAGAGUAUCCACAAGGCACAAGAACUGCUGUACUUAGAAUGGAAAUUAUUCACACAGAAAAAUUUAAAGUAAAAAAAUGUAGAUGCUAGACUCUGCUGAAGUGACUGCCAGCUUCUCCUGCCCUUUUACAAUCCCUAAAUUCUUAACCACAUUUGACUACCAUGAAAGUCAUUCAGCUUCGAAAAAAAAAUAUGAAAAUUGCUUAUUCGUGACCAUGUAUCGACCUUUGAAUUCAGGAGGUUCAGAAAUUAACAGGAAAGAGAGGUUGCCAGUCAGUUCAUGUAGCUGAACUUAUCUAUAGUCAAUGAACUAUGAGAAGAAUGAAGUGCUUUUGCUAUGCCAUGAGAAAAAUGAUUCCAUAAAUACUAAGGUACAGGAAAAACUGCUGUAUGAAUAAUGUCUGAACAUGUUAUGAAUGAAGUUAUGAAGGUAAAAUAUGGUUAUAGAAUUAUACUGUGAACUUUAUAUUAUACCGUAUGUGUUACCAUUUUUGUACAUUUAAAUUUUAUAAAUUCUGCAUGGUUGGACAUAAAUGUACCAUGCAAUUUUUUUCUCAUAAAUCUUUCAGUGCAAUACCAGGACACUGUAUGCCAUUAUUUGCCAGUGCAGACAAUACUUGUACAUGCUGCUUCAACUCCUGGUCACCAAUCAAUGCUUUGAUGUAGAGGCUUUGCAAGAUGAUAAAGUUCUCAAAAGCAGACAAUGAUGGGUAAUCAGAAAAUUGCUCUUCACCUUUGUAUUAUCAUUAUACAAAAAUAUCUUAAAAUGUGUUUUCAUCACAAUGAUACAAUAUUUGGAUACACUUUUGACAAAGUAAACAGGGUUUCUAAUCAUAAUGUCUCCCAUAUGAUUAUGAAGUAAGAUGGCCACGUCACAAUUGUAGAUUUAGGUAAACCCCAAGUCAACUGGUAGGAGAUAGUGGGGGAGUCAUAGCGCCAUGUAUAGAGAAAGUGAACUUGAAAGAAGAUGUUGAGGUUACUGAUGAACACUAUUGCAUGCAGGAAAGAACUAUAUCAUAUUAUCUAUUUUGCUAUACCCCCUAAAUGCUGCCUGUAGUGAGAUAGAUAACUGAUAGAUGACAGAUAUGGUAUAUCAUUAUCUAAGCUUCCAACUUGAGCCAGGGGAAUGGCAGAUAUUAUAGAGUGGCAAUAUGAGAAAAUAUUCAUUUGGGAAUGUCCAUAAAUUUGAUAUGCCUCCUUUUGUGUGGAUGUAAUUAGUUCAUGUCAUCUAUAUCAAUAUUCUGUGAACAAGCUGCAGGGUUGUUUUUGCUAUUGGAGAGAAAUCAAUGGGUUAUGGUGCCCUGGAUUGACCCCAUCCAAGAUGAUGCCUGGAGCAUCCUGUGAGUUUUCAAGAGGCCCAUCUGGUCAGGUCAGGUAUCUGAUAGCUGUUCAAAGGCAAUGGAAAAUUUAGAUGUUCAUCUGAGUCGGUACGUUACAUAAUGAGAACUGAACUGUUCCCCAACUGAAGGAAUUUGACACAUCAGAAUGUUUGACUGGAUGCCUCAGUCUUCAUCAGCUAUCUGACGUGUCUACAGCACUUGGGUCAGAUAACUGAUGACAACCAAAGAUUGGUCAAAAAUUCCGGUUAGUCUAAUUCCUUCAGUUGGAAAACAGUUUGCCUGUCACUACAUGCACUACAUUGAUAUCAAAGAUGGUCUUGUUCCUAAAGGUGUUCAACAUCCAGAAGCACAUGUCAAUAAUAGAGGAGAAAUGACAGAAAUAAGGUGGAAAGGAUGACUACAAAAUAUACUGGAAUUUGUGCAAAGCCAACAAAUUGUUUCAACAAAGGCAUUUCAUGUUUUAUCAUUAUACAUGAUAUAUGCCUUGACAGGCUUUCCAUGCUCAGAACAAUACAGAACUAGAGUUUUCACCUAUUUGGCCCCCUUUGCAAUUAAGACCCGCAUUGAUUAGAUGUCCCACAAAGGUGAUGAAUUGAAUUUUUGCUGUAAUGAAAAUGUGGUCAUUUGACAUAUCAGGAAAUUGGAAUAGAGAAUGGUUACCCAUGAGAAGUGAGUCUAUAGCUAAAGGGAUUAUUGCUAGCAUCUUCCAAACAAUUCUCAGCAAAGGGAUGAUAAUGUUUUGGAAUGAUGUGAGGGUGCAGCCUCUAUAAAUUUUCGCAGGUUAAAGAAUACCUGCACUGGACUGUGAACUUUAAGAUUUCAGGUUUACAUUUUUUAAUGUGUAAUUUGCAAUCUUACAUCAUGAUCUUCUCAUCAUUCCUGAGACACAAUCUAGAUUUGUUCAUGUUUUCUCAACCCAAACUUUGUAGGUCAGUAAAACCAAAGUCUGUGGUGUAAGUGCAAAGCACAGUUAACAUGAUUUCAAAACCCAAUAGCAAGCCAACUCUGCAGCCUGAGGACUUUUAUGGCUAAUGUCAUUUUCUUCUCCCUCUCCUAUCAGAUAAUAGAUGUGAAUAAUGCAUAUUUAUUGAUUUCUCCCUUCUGUGUACAGAGAACCUCUUAUUGAUCGGUCCAACCAAAGUAACAAAUGUAAGAAAAGUGUAUUAAUCCAUCGCGGACUGGUCUCUGAUGCCUGCUCAAUGCAAAGGUCUGUCUAAAAUACAUGCUGCAAUCCAGAAACUGAAGUUAAACAUUUAAGGUAGAUUAAAGCAUCUAUCCAGUAGAGUUAGUAUGUGUAUUACGCAUGAUGUUCGACACAACCUUGCAGUCUUUGGAAGCAAAUGUCGCUACUGUAGGAAUACAAAAUGUAUGCUAUCACAAACUAGCAUGACACUAACUGUUGUACACAAACCUAUGUACCUUGUGGCCACCUUGAAGAGCCGUUUGCUGGACCAUGUGGAAAAGAAUGUUACAGGAGAGUUCUGUGCAAUAUAAGUAUCCAACAGUGUGCAUACCCAACAACACUUACUAAGCAAAAGAUUGAUCACCCCCUAAGGUGAUCUUGGUGUACCUUCCCACAAUAAAGGCAAAAAGUUCCAUACCUUACCUACAUGUAAGGUCCCAGUAAAGUUGUCAAAAAGCUAGCUGGGUUUCCAAACUUCCUUCUGUACUGGUACUUUUAUGAAUGGAUGGUAACAUUAUCCUUAUCCAUGAUCAUGAUAACGUGCGAAACUAAGCAAAUCACAUUUGAAAUUGGCGUACAAUUUUAGAAAGAAGGUAUGGAUUACAGUUUGACAACCAUUUCUAUGUCAUAGCCAUUUCAAAAUUUGUUUGACAAAAAAGGUGCAUUCUAAAUGUCUAUUUGGCAGGAAAGAAAUGAUCUUAAAUCUUGUUUAAAAUGUAUCUUCCAAAAUGAGGUCACAAAUUGGGUUAAGCACACAUUUCCUCCACCUCUGCCACAGUAAUGAAUGGGCUGUGAAAACAGCUGAGGUCCGACCAGGAAGUGUUCGUGAAAGAUUGGGAAUACCACUCUGUACUGCAUCAAAGAAUCCUCUUUGAAUAGUAGUAGUUUGUUGCAUUUUUCGGCACCCUCUGCAGUAAGCUGUAGGCUUCAAAUGUUUGCAUCCCUGAGAUAUGACCACCUUACUUGGUGAGGUAUUUCUGGAUGGAAGCUAUUUUACAGGGAUUACAAGCAACAACAUUAGAAGCUGCCCUAAUGUAGAGAGAGCGGAAAAGUACCUUGUAUACAGGGGUAGCAUUUGUGAAAGCAUAUGGGACAGUGAACAAGUUCUUUGAGGUGCACAAGAAGAAGCCCAACCAGUGUAACCAGUCUGGUAUACUAUGGGAAUAAAGAUCAAGCUUC